AUGGCAGAAAAGAAUAACUAUAACCUGUUUUUUGAUGGAAGUGAAGAGUCCCAAUAUUAUGAUUACGAUAGUCCAACGAGUUCACAUCGUCCAGCUCCUAAACCACCUAUUCAUCUGUCACCUUAUAGUCAAUAUGGAUCAAAUAUACCACAGAAUAAUAAUAGCAAUACUUAUCUAAAAAAUGAAGAUUCACGUGCUCACCGACCAUAUGCACCACCACGUAAUGAAGAGCCGUCAUAUCCCCCACCUCACCCACCGUCAUUGUCACAUGACUCUUAUACAAUGGGAAAUAAUAGUCGAACCAAUUUGUCUCAGCAACAGUAUUAUAGUAAUAGUCCACCAAAUCAGUAUUCGCCAGCUUCAUAUACGAAUGCGUCAAAUUCAAAUCCAUAUUUACCCUAUAAACAAGAGAAUCGAAAUCAUCCAACACAAGAAAUCUUAAACCCACCUCGUCUUGCAACUCUUCCUGAUCAACACGAUGACUCACAGAUAUCAUAUUCAGAUAAAAUGAAUGGAAGAAUAGAAAUCAGAAGGCUUUUAUUGAAACUCGGAUUUUUUCUAGUAAUUGCAUUCAUUGUUUCUAUCAUCGUAGUCGCGGUUAUUGCAUUAGUGAACCAACAAAAAUGCAAAAGCUUAAGUGUUAAUGACGCUCAAGCUUUCAAAACGAGCAACUUUAUUGACGACAGAAUUGGUAAUCAACCUUGGAAAUUCACAACUUCAGGAAAAUUUAUAGACGCACAAAUCAUCGUCAAUUCGAAUCAACCAGAGAAACAAGACGAAACUCGUGUAUAUUUCGAGACGAGAAUGAUUGCGGCAAAGGAGGAAACUGUUCGUUUAGUUGAUUUAUCUUCACAAGGAGAAUUUCUUUUUGAGCAUAGUGGAAACGCGAAAAGUGAAACAUGGAAAAACUAUUUAUCAUUUCCACCUAUAUGUGCAAAAGUCCAAGUGGAUUUGUGGUUUGCUCAAAAUGCAACCUUUACAUUUUCAGUAGAUGUAAAAAAUUCCGAUUUCUCAGUGAAAGGAUGGCCAAAUUAA